AUGCGCCUCCCUUCCCAGUCACGCAUGUGCAUGCCACUGUAUGCAUUUGUAUCACAUUACCACGUCUUCGCCCCCUUCACCCACAAUCUUACCUCUGGUUUCCCCUUCUUCUUCUUCCCCUUGUUCCCUGGUAACUGCUUGGCAGCAGGGGGACCCGCUGGCAGGGACUGA